ACCAUUUGAAAAUGUGAACUUUUGCACGAGAUUCGUGCAGUUCGUUCGUGUUUGAAGCUCCUGAGGCUUUGUGCGGGGAUAUUGAAACAACAUCAGUCAGUUCAUUUCAGUGAAUGUGAGUGAAACAUAAGUGAGUGGAACGGUCUGAGGUGAUUUAUUAAAUCUUCCAAAGUUCAUAUGAAAUGAUAUAUUUAUCGCUGCAUAUUGGAGUUCGAAGAUUGAAUAGCAAGCAGAUUUUACGUUUACAGGCUAUCCCCGUUUGCCAAAGUCGUCACUCAGUGGGAGCCGCAGCGGAGGCCAUCAAGAAGCUGAAGAAAAUGGAAGGGGCCAUUGACGUGAAGUUCCCGGCUGGAUCGCUGGUGCCGAAAAACGAAACCGGAGCGCUGAACUUCGUGCGGAAGUAUCCUGACUACAACGGGACGAAUGUGACGAUUGCGAUUCUGGACUCCGGAGUGGACCCACGGGCCAAGGGGCUGGAGAUUGUCCCCGGAGGAGACGUGAAGGUCGUCGAGCGGUACGAUUGUUCUGGUUGUGGAGAUGUCGACACGAGUAAACAGGUUACGGCCGCUCCGGAUGGAACGAUUGUGGGCCUGUCUGGCAGGGUUCUGCGUUUGUCCAACGUCAUGAAAACGAAAUGUCCUUCGGGGGAAUAUCGCAUCGGGCUGAAGAGUAUGCACGAUCUUUAUCCCUCGCGUAUUAGGGAUAAGAUUGUCGCAGAUGCCAAGCUGAAAACAUGGGACGAAGCGCACAAGAAAGCCAUGGCGGAAGUUAGCCGAGAGGUGGCUGAUUUCGAAGCGAAGAAUAUUAAUGCACAGAACUUGCCGCUGAGAGAGAAAUUGAACAAAGAGAAUCUGGAUGGCACGGUGGAGUUCUUGAAUGCGUGUGAGAAAAAGUUCUCCGAUCUUAAGACCACUUACGACUGCGUGCUGUUCUCGACUGACGAUGGCUGGAUGGCCGUAAUCGAUACCACGGAGAAUGGCGAUCUGGAGAAUGCAGUCCACGUGCAAGAGUACAGCAGGGCACAUGAGAUGGUCAAUCUAGACGAGUUUCUGUCUAUUUCGAUAAAUGUCCAUGAUGGUGGAGAUGUGCUGGAAAUUGUGGGGAUGUGCUCAAGCCACGGUACUCACGUCGCCUCAAUUGCAUGCGGUUUUCACCCGGACAAUCCAGAACUGGACGGUGUUGCUCCCGCGGCAAAGGUUGUCUCACUGACGAUCGGUGAUGGCCGAUUGGGAUCGAUGGAGACUGGCACUGCGCUGGUGAGGGCGAUCAUCAAAGUUAUGGAGCUAUGUGAGGCAGGUCGCAAGAUUGAUGUGAUCAACAUGAGCUAUGGAGAGCAUGGCCAUUGGUCCAAUUCCGGACGAGUGGGAGAACUUAUGAGCGAAUUAGUGAACAAGUAUGGCGUCGUUUGGGUUGCCUCAGCUGGUAAUCAUGGACCGGCACUGUGCACCAUCGGAACUCCUCCGGACAUAAGCCAGCCAAGCUGUGUGGGAGUUGGUGCUUACGUAUCUCCUGAAAUGAUGGAAGCUGAGUAUGCACUAAGGCAGAAACUGCCAGGCAACGUCUACACCUGGACUUCCCGGGAUCCUUGCAUCGACGGUGGAUUCGGAGUGACGGUAUGUGCUCCCGGUGCUGCGAUAGCCUCUGUUCCUCAGUUUACGAUGUCCAAGGCACAGCUGAUGAAUGGAACGAGUAUGGCAGCACCACAUGUCGCCGGUUCAGUUGCUCUGUUGAUUUCCGGCUUGAAGCAGAAAAAUAUCAACUUCACUGCAUUUAGUAUUAAACGGGCCCUUUGGAACACUGCCACCAAAAUCGACUACGUUGACAAAUUCGCCCAAGGAAACGGUCUCUUGAAUGUGGAAAAGGCAUUUGAGAAUUUGACCAACUAUAAGGAUUGUAUAGAAAACUAUCUGAGAUUUUCGGUCAGCGUGGGAGGGAAUGGCGCCAAAGGUAUCCAUAUGCGCCAGGGACUGCUAACUAAGCCGGAAGAAUUCAACGUCAGUAUUGAACCUGUAUUUUUCAACGAUAAAUAUGCUUCCGCUGCUGAUAAAAUCAGUUUCAACGUAAGACUGACUCUCAUUCCAACGGAAUCAUGGAUUCAGUGCGGAUCUUUCCUAGAUCUGUGCUAUUCACAACGUACAAUCUGCGUGAAAGUUGAUCCCACCGGUUUGGCUGCCGGUGUUCAUAGAGCAAGUAUUAAAGCAUACGAUUCCUCGUGUGUUGAAAAGGGCGUCUUAUUCGAGAUCCCUGUAACGGUUGUGCAACCGAUUGUGGUGGAUCCCAAAAGCCUAGAAUACACGCAAACCGAAGCUAUCACCUGUAAACCGAAUACGAUUCUGCGGAACUUCUUCCUGGUGCCAAAAUACGCCACCUGGGCCGUGUUGGAAAUGAUCUCGGCCGACAAGAGUGACACCGUCGGGGGAAAGUUCCUGAUCCAUACGAUGCAGAUCUUGCCGAUGAAGUACUGCAAGGCGCAGGAAACGCAGAAGAUAUUGCCGGUGAACAGUGUUUCCACGACGGUGCAUCCCUUCAAGUGCGUGGGCGAUAAUAUAUUGGAAGUAUGUAUCGCAAAAUAUUGGUCCAAUUUCGGUACGGUACCACUGAAGUAUUCCGUCAAAUUCCAUGGCAUUUCUCCAUUGAAUGGAAAUAUUAUGCAUAGCGCCAGUGGGAUACAUCGAAUUGAUCUGACCACUCUGUCGGCCGAAGAAGUGCUCCCAUCGGUGUCCCUCAAAUCAGCGGUCAUGAUAUUGAAACCGUCGGAAACGAAAAUCACACCGUUGACCACGCGAGACGUUGUGCACCCAGGUCGUCAAAUCUACCAAAACGUGCUAACGUAUAGUAUGCACUUGAAUAAAAGUCAAGAGGUUGCUUUCUACGCUCCUCUGUUCAGUACCGUACUGUAUGAAAGUGAGUUCGAAUCUCAGUUCUGGAUGGUUUUCGACUGCAACAAAAUGAUGGUUGGAUGUGGCGAUGCGUACUCAAAUGAUUCCUUCUUGAAGCUGGAAAAAGGUGACUAUACUGUACGCUUGCAAGUACGUCACGAAAAGAAGGAGCUGCUAGAAAAGAUUUCAGAGACAAACAUGCUGGCAAAUAUCAAAUUGGCUAAUGCGUUGUCGGUAGACAUCUAUAAAUCGUACAAUCAAGCUAUCGUCAAUGGGAAGAAGAUAACAACUUUCGCUUUCCCGGCCGGAGUUACUCGUCCAAUCUAUCUGGCUCCAAUCACAAACGAAAAGCUUCAGAAAGCCUCAUUCCCAAAUCAGUGCUCCUGGCUAGAAGGGACGAUAGUUUAUGCCAAGGACGAAUUGGGUAAAAAGUGUGACACUCAUGGCUUCCAAUAUAUUCUGACGGAAGGCCCAACCGUGAAGAAGAAUGGCACCGGCAGUCCCAAGGAAAACAAGAGCAAAUUCGAGGAAUACAGCGAAGGCCUCCGUGAUUAUCAAGUCGCGCAGAUUGCCAAACUGGAUGCGGAAAACGCCGAAGCUGUCUACAAGACUGUACUGAAAGACAAUCCCACUUUUGUGGGAGCUCACUUGGCGUUGAUCGAGAAUUUGGAUAGCAACGACCUGAAGAUGAACCUGCCGCUCACAUUCGCCAACAAUUUGGAUAAAAAUGACAAAAAUGCCGCCGCACUGUUGAAGUUCAAGUUGAUCAAGAUCAUUGAAUUGGCUGAGUUGGCAAUGAAGGAAAUCGAUCAGAACGCACUACUGGCAUACUACGGACUGAAAACGGACAGUAGAUCGAAUGCAGCGAAAAUUAAAACUCAAAUGGACAAACAAAAGCAGCAAUUACUGGACGCAGCUCAAAAGAAACUAAUAGCUCUAUCCAAACUGCGCGUCAUCAAGGCGGUUGUGGACAGCAACGAGGUGGGGGAUGACGGUGUGGAUCAGCUGGAAAACAUCGAGCAGUUGUUCAGUGACAUUGGAAAGUUUAUCGAUUACAAUGACACCAAGGUGCUAUUAUCAUCGAUUUGGCAUGCAUACACCUUGAAUCAGUAUGGGCGCAUGCUGAAAUACCUAGGCAAACUUUACGAGGAUAAACUUUCGCGAGAAAUUGUGGAAGAACAAAGCAGAGUUGUGUCCGAGCGGAAAUGGCCUCACAUCGAGCAGCUGCUGAAUAAAGUGGUCGUCACCUCCAAUCCACAAGGAUUUAGACUGUUUUAAAAUGCCAAGGACCAGACUAAACCAUUUACCAAGUUCCACUAAUCAAUGUUGUUACUCCAUUCAUUCACAGAGAUAUAUAGGAACAACAUGGCGAGAUUUCACGUCUUACCAACGCCACGUUCAAUUGAUAUGAUGAAGACUUUCAAUCUAGUUUUAACGAAUCAAAUCCAACCGUAACAUUUUGUUCGAAAAACAAGAACAUAAAAUAAUUGUAAAUUUGAAAUGCCAUUUCAAAUCACCGUGAUUAACGUCCACUAAUCACUUCACUUGACAGUCGUUCACUAGAUAAUUCAGAUAGCUUCAAAUUUAACUUAAUAAUACGUUUUUAAAGUGAUAGCGUUUAAUUCAUCAAUAUGCGAAGCUGCUCAUCCAAAUACCCUUUGGGAUUCAUUCAGCAAGCGGACGUUUGCAUUUAGGAACCGAUGAAUCGAGCUUUUAAUGAAACAAGAUAUGACAUGGCGCAACAAAUUGUUCGGUUGACGAAGUCAGAAAACAAGGUAAAUGUAAUUGAUUUCUCAUUUAGAUCGAUUUAAUAAUAAAUAUGAGCUCUAAUGUA